UUCUCUUCUCUCUCUCUCUUCUCCUUCCAUAAAUAUCAUCCGAGCCUCUACAUCGCUCUCUCUUCGUUCUCUCUCUCUCUCUCGAUCAAUUCAAGCUGAUUUUCGUUUUGUGCUUUGUUGUAUACAGGAAAAAAUACAUACAUAUACACGAUUUUUUUUUAUAAAAAAUAAUUAUUUUGUUAUAUAUAUUGUUUUUGGUUCUUUGUGAUCUCAAAUUGUUGUGUUCAAUUGAUCGAUUCGGCGGCAAGGAAUUUACUGCUUCUGGAAGUAGAAUUUUCGACUGUUUCGAAGGAUGCUAGUGAAAUGAUGAAUCAAGCAGCUAGUGCUGAUACCAUAACUACACUGGAUCAAAAUUCGCUCGAGAAACGUCAGGUUGUUGAUUCUAGCCAAGCAUCUUAUUAUUAUGCCACGUCCACAGACAAUGGGUUUCUUUCUAAUUCCAGCUACCACCAAAAUCAGCAUGCAGAGCCUCCUGCAAGGAAUGUUCAAGAUGGCUCCAGUGUUGCAUCCCUCGCCUCUACUUCAAGUUCAGGAGCAGUAAAUGUACCACAAGAAUAUAAUAGCUAUGCAACAUACCCAAAUACCGAUCCAUAUGGAUAUGGCAAUCCCACAUACACAGGUUAUUAUGGUGGCUAUCAGCAGCAAUCUAAUCAACCAUACCCGCAGCCUGUAGUAGCAUAUCAAAACACAGGUGCUCCUUAUCAGCCUCUUUCCUCAUUUCAGAAUUCAGGGUCUUAUGCUGGGCCUGCAAGUUAUUCAAGCACUUACUACAAUCCUGGUGAUUAUCAGACAUCUGGAGGUUAUGCGAGUGGCAGUUACAGUAAUCAACCCAACUCGUGGAAUGAAGGAAACUAUGCAAGUUACGCUUCUCAUCAAUAUUCAAACUACACUCCAGACCCAAAUGGUGGUUAUAAUGCCAGUGCUGCUACUACGUCUUCACAACAAUAUCAGCAACAAUAUAAGCAAUGGGCAGAUUAUUACAGUCAAACAGAAGUUAGCUGUGCUCCUGGGACAGAAAACGUUUCAGUUACUAGUACAUCUAAUCCAGUGUGUAGUGUCCCUGUUUCCAAUGGGUAUCCAGCUUCACUCAGCCAGCCAUCUGCACCUUAUAUUCCAUCUUGGAGGCCAGAUUCCAGUUCGUCUGAAUUGCCUUUGGUUCAGACUGGUGCAGUAAUCAGUGGUAGCCAUGAUGGUUACUGGAAGAAUGGAGCUUCAGGUUUCCAAAAUCACAAUGUUAGUCCUCAGCAACCACAAUUUCAAAAGCCUUUGGAUUCAAAUCCUUCUUAUCAAAGCUUUCAGGAUCAACAGAAGACUGCAUGUCCUCAAGGACCAGCCAAUGUACAAUAUCCUGCUACUCAUCAGGUACCCCACUCGAAUCCUUCUUAUCAAAGCUUUCAGGAUCAACUGAAGACUGCAUGUCCUCAAGGACCUCCCAAUGUACAAUAUCCUGCACCUGCUACUCAGCAGGUACCGCAUAAUUAUCCAUCAUCCUUGCAAACUUUUCCACAAACCAUUCCACCUUUAGAUCCGCACAGGGUAAGCAGACUGCAGAUUCCAACAAAUCCUAGAAUUGCUUCCAAUUUGGCAUUGGGUUUACCAAAAACGAAUAAGGAUAGUUCUACAACCAGUACAGCAGCAAAACCAGCCUAUAUCAGUGUUUCACUGCCAAAGCCAAAUGACAAAGAGUUGUCUCAUGAUGCUGCUGAUUCUAUGCUUAAGCCUGGAACGUUUCCCAAGUCACUGCGUAGUUAUGUGGAAAGGGCUCUGGCUCGUUGUAAAGAUGAUACCCAAAUGGCAGCUUGUCAAGCUGUCAUGAAAGAGGUAAUUACCAAGGCUACUGCUGAUGGUUCACUUUAUACACGAGACUGGGAUAUUGAGCCUCUUUUCCCAGUACCCAAUACGGAUGUGACCAAUAAGGAAAAUUUUCAGUAUUCAACUCCUAUUUCUUCAUUGUCAAAGAACAAAAGAAGUCCAAGUAGGCGAUCCAAAAGUAGGUGGGAGCCUGUGCCAGAGGAGAAACCAGUUGACAAACCGGCUUCUGUUACUUUUGCUACUGAAAAAUAUGGUGGCUGGCUACAUUUUAAUGAAAGUGACAAAAAGCUUUCAGGCGGAAAAUUCCAGAACAAAGAAGGCGGUUUGGGCAAUAUAAAAUUUUCUUUAGCAGAACAGAGAUCUACGGAUAAAAAUGCCCUGAAGCCAGUUAAGCGGCAGCGUGUUGGUGAUGGUCUGGUUGCAACUGAUAAUGCUGAUGCAUCCAGUGACAGUGACAAGGAACAAAGUUUAACUGCAUAUUACUCAGGUGCAAUAGCACUUGCCAAUUCACCGGAGGAAAGGAAGAGACGAGAGAAUCGGUCAAAGCGUUUUGAAAAGCGAUCAGGAAAUCGAGCAGAAACUAAGCAUUUUAGACCAAAAAAUGUUGGAUCUGGAAACUUGUACACUAGAAGGGCUAGUGCACUGUUACUUAGCAAGAACUUUGAUGAUGGUGGUAGCAGGGCCGUGGAAGAUUUUGACUGGGAUUCCCUUACUGUCAAGGGGACCUGCCAGGAAAUUGAGAAACGCUAUUUGCGUCUUACUUCUGCACCUGAUCCUUCCACUGUGAGGCCUGAAGAAGUGUUAGAAAAAGCAUUGCUUAUGGUUCAAAGUUCUCAAAAGAACUACCUUUACAAAUGUGAUCAGUUGAAAUCCAUUCGCCAAGAUCUUACGGUACAACAUAUACACAAUGAGCUAACAGUGAAGGUUUAUGAAACUCAUGCUCGUUUGGCAAUAGAAGUUGGAGACUUGGCAGAAUAUAAUCAGUGUCAAUCGCAGUUGAAAACACUUUAUGCGGAGGGAAUUAAGGGGUGCCACAUGGAAUUUUCUGCUUACAAUUUACUCUGUGUUAUCUUGCACGCCAACAAUAGCAGAGAUCUUGUAUCAGCAAUGUCAAGAUUAUCAGUUGAGACCAAAAAGGAUGAGGCUGUAAAACAUGCUCUUGCAGUUCGUGCCGCUGUCACUUCAGGAAAUUAUGUUCGGUUCUUUAGACUAUACAAGACUGCACCUAAUCUUAACACCUGUCUUAUGGAUCUUUAUGUUGAGAAGAUGCGGUACACUGCUGUGAGAUGUGUGUCUCGUUCAUGUCGCCCUACAGUCCCUGUUUCAUACAUUGCUCAGGUUCUGGGCUUCACCAAUGCUUCACCUAUAGAGACAACUGAGGAAAAGGAUUCAGAUGGAUUGGAAGAGUGUGUGGAGUGGCUGAAGGCCCACGGUGCAUGCCUUGUUACAGAAAAUACUGGGGAGAUGCAGCUUGACACAAAGGCUUCCUCAUCAACACUCUACAUGCCAGAACCCGAUGAUGCUGUAGCCCAUGGAGAUGCCAGUCUCGCCGUCAAUGAUUUCUUGACAAGGAAUUCCUCGUAGCAUAGUUCGUUGUAUCCAACUGUAUGAAGAGAAUUGGUAAGUAAACAAUCUAAUGUAUGCGGAAAAAAGGAAUUACCAUUUCCGGGAUUAACUUGGAAUUUGGAAAAGAUUGAUCCUGCAGGGAUUCCUGCUAGUAUUAUUAUAGAGGGUGUUGAUGAUCACUAAUUAGAAAUGUGUGAUGCCUAGGUUUGAACUUUUGGGCCCCUCUGAAAAAUGCUUUUUAGGUCAGCGACAAGGGUCUGUAAGGUAGUGUAAAAUUGUUUACUUUGUUUUAGAGAUACAUUAUUCAUUCUUGUUGAAGGCCCAUUUGUGGUAAAUAUUACAGGGAAAAUAUGGAAUAAGGAAAUGACCUUUUGUAUUCUGAUUGACCAUUGCUUCCAUGAGACUGGGUAAUACAUUAUCAAUUUUGAGUUUCA